UAAAUCCGACGGACUGCCGCACACUGCCGCACAGUCGGCUUGCAGUUGUUUUGUUUAUUAUUUACUGAAUAUAAUUUGUAAUAAAUUACAUGAAAUAAAUAUUAAAUGAAAAUCUCUAACAUUAAACGAAUUAUAUUAUAAUAUUCCAUACAUUCUUGUUCGUACAAAAUGUCUCAAACUUCUGAAAAACCAACUCAAGACGUUGCCGAUCCUACGGGCCCUGCAGCUCGCAAGGGCGUACUUAUUUCGUUUAGAACAGGGAAGAUUAUGGAAAUACCAGAAAAAGAUAUUUUAGGAAGAUGCAGAUUUGUUGGAGAAUUCGAAAAACUAAAUCGCAUUGGUGAAGGCACAUAUGGAAUUGUGUAUAGAGCAAAAGACAAAUUAAAUGGAAACAUUGUGGCACUAAAGAAAGUGAGAAUGGAUGUUGAAAAAGAUGGGCUGCCAUUGAGUGGUCUCCGAGAAAUUCAAGUUUUAAUGGCUUGCCGUCAUGAAAAUAUUGUACAGUUGAAGGAAGUUCUUGUUGGAAGAUCUCUUGAAAGCAUUUUCUUGUCAAUGGAAUAUUGUGAGCAAGACUUGGCAUCUUUACUUGACAACAUGUCAUCACCAUUUACUGAAUCACAAGUUAAAUGCCUGAUGCUCCAAGUGCUGAAAGGCUUGAAAUAUCUUCAUUCAAAUUUCAUUGUACAUCGAGACCUGAAAGUAUCCAAUUUACUACUGACGGAUAAAGGAUGUGUUAAAAUAGCUGAUUUUGGCUUAGCUCGCUGGUUAGGGGCACCAGCACGUAGUGCAACUCCAAGGGUUGUUACUCUGUGGUAUAGAGCACCUGAACUACUUCUACAGUCACCAAAACAAACUCCAGCUCUGGAUAUGUGGGCAGCAGGAUGUAUUCUCGGUGAACUGUUGGCAAACAAACCUCUGCUUCCAGGAAGAACGGAAAUUGAGCAGCUUGAACUAAUUGUUGAUUUGCUUGGUACACCAUCAGAUGCUAUUUGGCCAGACUUUAGUUCAUUACCGGCACUACAAAACUUCACUCUAAAACAACAGCCAUAUAAUAACUUGAAACAAAAGUUUCCUUGGCUAUCAGCUGCCGGUCUACGACUUUUGAAUUUCUUAUUCAUGUAUGACCCCAACAAGAGAGCAACUGCAGAGGAAUGCCUCCAGAGUUCGUAUUUCAAAGAACAACCACUGCCUUGUGAUCCGAAGCUAAUGCCUAGCUUCCCGCAGCACAGAAAUAUGAAGGGACAGCAGAAGAGCUCUUCAAAUCAGUUAAACAUACCUUUGUCUAACCUAAACACUGGGGCUAAUGACCAGACAAACAACCUCCCCGCCAUUUCAGACUUGUUAGGAUCACUUGUCAAGAAACGAAGAUUAGAAUAAAAUGAAAUUUAUAUUUUAGUGUGUGGUUCCAAAUAAAUGACUAUAACAUAACUUA